GGAAUCGUUGUUAGGUCCUUACGAUUUGCUCUCUCUUUCUAUUCCCGAUUACACUUUUUGCAACUACAGUGAGCAGUUCAGUACUAUAUGUCGAUGGUGGAAACAUAUGCAUACACUCAACGGUAUAUGUGUACGCUCCUGCCUGUACGGUAUCUAUGGAGACGAGACGCCAAGCCUAGGAACCUUAUUGGCUAAAACGCUUAGAAAAAGAUAAAUCCCACUAUAAGAAUGCUGUCUCUCGGCUCGCGCUUUUACCACUGUGUGCGUCGUCUAUGGGUAUAGUUUAGUGAUCACACGGAGAAGUGAUUCCCUUUUUUUCAAUUAUUUACAGUCGAUUCUAAUUCAAUAAAAAAGGAAAACGAUUUAUAAUUAUUGUUUACUUUGUCUUCUUCAGGGGAAAUAAACUAAUAUAAAAAAUAAUGAAAAAGGAAUAUUUUAGGUUAAUACCAACAGGCAUCUAUUUAAUCAAUAACAGAAUUUGGUGAAUAUUUCAAGAUGGAAACAAAAAAGACCUUAUGAAGCUAAUUAUUUUAAAUAUUAAAUAAUAAAUAUCAUAACAUUCUAAUAAAAAAAAAAGAUAAGAUGUCCAAUACGAUAAGUGGGAAAAAUUUGUUGAGACCUACAGGAUUACGGUGUAAAAAUCUCCAUGAAUAUCUCAAAUCAAGACCACCAGAUAUUUUGAAUAAACUCUACCAUAAUCCUCCAAUAUGUCUGGCAGUGUUUCGUGAACUUUCUGAAAUAGCUCGCCACUAUGUUAUGAGAUUACUUUUCGUGGAACAGCCUGUUCCACAGGCAGUCAUAGCUUCAUGGUGUUCGAAACUUCAUUCUGAAGAGCAUCAGAGAGUUGUACAAGUUCUUAAUGAAUUGAAUGUAUGGAAUGAAGCCUCAAUUCCUGGGGGCCUACCUGGAUGGAUAUUAAAUUCAACCUUUAAAAAGAAUCUUAAGAUUGUACUGUUAGGAGGUGGUAAACCAUGGACUAUGUCUAAUCAAUUGGAAACUGAUAGCAAACCUAGAGAUGUUGCUUUUCUUGAUUCGUAUGCUUUAGAGCGCUGGGAGUGUGUCUUACAUUAUAUGGUGGGCUCGCAGCAACAAGAAGGAAUAUCUGCUGAUGCAGUUAGAAUUUUGCUCCAUGCUGGACUAAUGAAACUUGAUGAAGAAGAUGGCAGUCCUGUGAUUACACAAGCUGGUUUUCAAUUUCUUUUACUCGAUACUGCCUCUCAAGUGUGGUACUUUAUUUUACAAUAUUUGGAUACUAUCGAGGCCAGAGGCUUAGACCUUGUCGAGUGCUUAACUUUCUUGUUCCAAUUGAACUUUUCUACACUUGGCAAGGAUUACAGUACUGAAGGCAUGUCGGAAGGACUUCUAACUUUUCUGCAACACCUACGUGAAUUUGGUUUAGUUUAUCAGCGUAAACGGAAAGCAGGAAGGUUCUACCCCACCAGAUUAGCCUUAAAUAUUGCCACAGGACAAAAUAAACCACUCUCCAGUGAUCUGGAAAAGGAAGGCUACAUUGUUGUUGAAACAAACUACAGGGUGUAUGCAUACACCAAUUCGAAUUUACAGGUUGCGCUCCUUGGUUUAUUCUGUGAAAUGUUAUAUAGAUUUCCAAAUCUGGUGGUAUCAAUCCUCACAAGAGAUUCUGUCAGACAGGCUCUAAAAAGUGGGAUCACAGCAGCCCAAAUUGUAGGUUAUUUGCGACAACAUGCUCAUAGUAAAAUGAUUGAGGCUGGACCGCCUACUCUUCCGCCCACAAUAGCUGAUCAAAUUAAAUUGUGGGAAAAUGAAAGAAAUCGAUUUUUGUUCAGUGAGGGUGUACUUUAUAGUCAAUUCCUUUCUCAAACCGAUUUUGAAGUACUUCGAGAUUAUGCUCUAAAUACGGGAGUACUUAUUUGGCAAAGUGAAAGAAAAAGGACAGUGGUCGUUACGAAGGCAGGACAUGAUGAUGUAAAAAGAUUUUGGAAAAGAUACACUAAGGGUUCCAAUUGAUAGUUCCUAAUCACGUUUUUUACUAUUGUAAAUAUUACUCAAUGAAUAAAUUUCUACCGUUGUCAAUAUCAUCCAAAGAAAAUCUAUAUUAAUAUUGUUAUUUGCUUUAAAGUUAUGAAUACUGACCUGUUUUUGUUUUUAUUAUUAUUUUUCCGUCAGACUAUUUGCCACAUGUAGGAAGCUUUCUCAGGUUAAUCACACUAAUUGUAUGAAUAAAAUAUUGAACUACUUAAGUUUCUGAGAA